AUGGGUCAAGUCUCCGAGAACAAAUCAGAAGUAACUGUCGUCAAUGUGAAUAUUCAAAUGCUGAUAGCAUCAGGAGAAGUGUAUGGAUGGGCUGAUGAUGUUGACUCGGUUCUUGACACCGCUGAUAAGCUACUCGAGUUUGGAGGAUUCUUUUUCCCAGAAGUCGCAGCCGUCGCAGGUGUUGUCACGAAAGUUGGAGGGGUUAUUCGAUGGAUUACUGGAAAUUUCAAAGAGGAUAAACCAGAUCCUAUUAAGAAGGUCAUGGAAAAGUUAGCGGUGUUGGAGAAGAAAAUUGACGAGCUAGGCAAAAAGAUGGCUGCUCAAUUCGCCGAUUUGAAAGAAUUUAUAACUGAGGUUAACUUCCUGACAAACAUCUCAGUGCCAACAUCAAAUCUGAUGAGAUUCGUGCAAGAUCUUAUGAACGAUCCAUCUCCAAAAGCACUUGAAAACUUCCAGAGUGCAUAUAAUGAUCGUAAGCCGUUGAAGAUUGCAUAUGACUUGUUGAGUUUUUUGGAGCAUGAGAAAACAAAUCCAUUAAGAAUGGCCAUGAAUGCUGACCCGAUGAGAACCAGUACGACCUUUAACAAGUGGGCUGAUAAGUUUGCAUCUAUUCUGGGACAGUUUCUGUUCCUGGAAGCUAUGGCUAGUGGACUAAUGAAGGACAACGAUGAUUUUGAUGUGAACUUAAUAAUCCAAAGAUCAGGAGAGCUUGUCAAGGAUAUGGAUAAGUUGAAAGAAGUAUAUAAGAAAGAUCCAAUUUACUUCGAAGCUAUGGAAAACUACAUCGCAGAUUUUUUGGAUAAAAAUUCGAACUUUGAACGUUGGGAAAUUGCAAACAAAAUUAAAGAAGAUUUGGAAAAGAUACUUUUGACAAACGAUGCUUUGACCAUAUGGGCGUUCAAUGGUCCUGUAGCCAAGAGCCUUUUCGCAGCAGACUGCACAGACAAAGCGAAAGGACAAAUUGCCCAAGUUUUGAACAAAAAUGGCCGCGGUGUCAUUAUCUGCAAAAGUUCUCAAGCGAAUACUGUCGAGAAAGAAAAAAUCAAGGAGCUGGAGAGUCAAAUGUUCCAGUUUUCCGGAAGUUUAUUCAUGCCGCGACCUGACUACAAAGACGUGCCCAAAGAUGUUUUAAAGAAAUACUUCCCAAAUGGUGGCAGCUUCUGCUUAAUGGAUUAUAGAAACUUCCCAGAGAUGAGAUCAAUCAAUUGUAAACACGAUGUUGGACCGGGAGUUGAAGGUCACAUCACUACAUUUGACAUGCCGUUCGUUAACCAGAGAACUUUCAAUUUAAUGGUGGUUUACAUUUGA